AUGUUCACACUCCCGAUUUCAAUCAGAGAUAUUCAAGUGGAGCACGCGAUGUGCGAUUUGGGGGCGUCUAUCAAUGUUCUGGCGUACUCCAUUUACAAGAAGCUGGGAGAGGCCAAGCUCGUCGAUACUGAUAUAAUGAUACAGUUGGCCGACAGAUCGUGUAUUCACCCAGAGGGAAUUCUGGAAGACGUGAUCGUGAAGGUGAAUAACUUUCUGUACCCAGCUGAUUUUUUCAUAAUCAAGAUGACAGAGCCAGCAGCAAGGGAGUCGAGUAGAGUCCAGCAGAGAAGGUCGUUCCUGUCUACGGCCAGCACUAUAAUAGACGUCCGUAAUGGAAUGAUAAGCUUGGAUUUCAAUGGAGAGCAGUUCACGUUCAACAUUGAUGAAGCUAUAAAGAGACCCGCAGAUAGUGAGAACGUGUACUCAGUAGAUGUGACUGAGCCAUUAGUGCAGGAGCAUUUGGAGGAAGAAUUCCUACAGAGGCAGUUCACUGACUACGCUGCAGAUGAAGAAGUCGAGAGAGAAGUCGCUGAAUGGUAUAAAACCAUGAAAGUCAGAGAAAUGGAUGAUCAAGCCAUCGUGAAAGCGAUGAUGGAUUUCUGCGAGCGCCCGCGACCAGCUGGUUCAAGCGGGAAAGCGGAAGUAUCUAGCCUAGAAAAGCUGCCUGAUCAAGGCAAGUCAAUGAGAAAGGAAGCAGAAGAAAACCCUCUGCCUACUGAAGAGCCGAAACCCGCAAAGGAAUUAAUGCCCCUUCCAGCACAUUUGAAGUACGCCUACCUGGGGAGGAGGAAACGAAGCCUGUCAUUAUCAACAGUCAGUUGA